CGCUUGUCUUAUGUGUUUUGUUUUGUUGUCGGAGUUGUCGCCAUUUUUUUGUGGUGGCCAUUUUGACCUUUUUUGCUGUUUGUGUAAAUCUGGUGCUGGUGCUAAUGACCAUCGUGUUGGAAGAUAAUUCAUAAUUGUGGUUUUAGUUUACGUGGUAUCACCGGUUAGCUAACUUAUAAACCGUAGGGAGAUCUCCCUUGAGACUGUGGAACCCAGAAUAUCAUUUACGCCGCACAAUUCUGAUACGUUGCUGGUGCAUCUUGUUAUCGGUAGAAAACGAGUGAAGACUCCAAAUGGGGUCAUCUAGACGUCGAGAUCGUUCCCGAGAACGGGAUAGACGGGAUCGGAGGCGCAGCAGGUCUCGGGAUCGAGACAGACAUCGUGAUCGCGAUCGCGAAAGUAGACAUCGGGACAGGAGCAGAAGUCGCAGUAGAAGUGGAGACCGACACCGAAGACGAGAAAGGGAGAGGACCCCUUCGGAGAUGGACGGUGAUAAGAUGAUUGCUGAUACUAUUGCAUCCAUUGCAGCGACCAGGAAUUUCGCUAGUCUGGUCAAUAAGGAAGGGGAUGGAAAUUCGAACCAUUCCACUGAUAGCCAAGAAGAAAGGAGGAGAAAGAAAAGGUCUAGGUGGGGUGGUGGAGAACAUGAGAAAAUAUUCAUCCCUGGUAUGCCUACCAUUUUGCCUCCGAACCUGAACAAGGACCAGGAACAGGCAUAUCUUUUGCAACUGCAGAUAGAAGAAGUCAGUAGAAAAUUACGCAGCGGAGAUCUGGGGAUUCCGGCCAAUCCAGAGGAAAGAUCGCCGUCUCCAGAGCCAAUUUACAGCAGCGAUGGCAAAAGGUUGAACACCAGAGAAUUCAGAACCAGAAAACGUCUGGAAGAGCAAAGGCAUGCGCUUGUGCUGAAAAUGCAGAGUAUCAAUCCAGAGUUCAAGCCACCUAUGGAUUACAAACCGCCGGUAAUUAGAGUCAGUGACAAGGUGAUGAUCCCUCAAGAAGAACAUCCAGAAAUCAACUUUGUUGGUUUGUUGAUCGGACCUAGAGGAAAUACCCUCAAAACGAUGGAGAAAGAAACUGGCGCAAAAAUCAUCAUCAGAGGUAAGGGUUCCGUAAAAGAAGGCAAAGUUGGGAGGAAAGAUGGUCAGCCAUUACCCGGGGAAGAUGAACCUUUACAUGCAUACAUAACAGCAACAAAUCCAGAAUGUGUUAAGAAAGCUGUAGAAAAGAUUAAGGAGGUCAUCAGGCAGGGUGUGGAGGUUCCAGAAAACCAGAAUGAUCUCCGCAGAAUGCAGUUGAGAGAGUUGGCACAAUUGAAUGGUACUCUCAGAGAAAAUGAUGGAAUGAGAUGUAAUAACUGUGGUGCUACUGAUCACAAGUCUUGGCUGUGCCCUGACAAACCUAACGUGACGAACAGCAUAGUGUGUUCAAGUUGCGGCGCCGCCGGUCAUAUUGCCAGGGAUUGUCGUUCGAAACGGCCAGGCCAAGGGGGCCCUCCAGUACCUGGGAUGAUCAGCGGCGGAGACAAGGCGAAGAUCGACGAGGAGUACAUGUCACUAAUGGCAGAGCUGGGUGAAGCUCCGCCACCUGACCAACAUCAGACUCAUCAAGUGCAACGUAAAACGACGCCGUCUUUCAACAUGUUCGAACCGGCAAUGGCGCCGCGUCCGUUGAUGGCUCCCCCUCCGCCGCCUCCAGCCGGCGGUAUGCAGCCGCCCCCAUGGGCACAAAUGCCGCCGCCGGGAGUAGCAUGGCCGCCACCGCCUACUAUCAUGCCUCCACCGCCACCCCCAGGUUCGUCAAGCCCGCCCAGUUGGACCGCAGCUCAGCCUCCACCACCGGGCGCUCCGAUGCCGUGGACGGCCGGCCCCCCGCCGCCGGGUCCGCCCUUCGGCACACCAGCCGCUGCCCCGCCCUGGGUCAGCUGUCCUCCGCCUCCGCCGCCGGGCAUUGACGUCAACACGCUGCUUUCCGUACCGCCCCCACCUCCCCCAUCUUAGGAGUCGGGAGAGUGCGGCGUUACGCGCGGCAGGGAGUUGAAUCCGCGUUGUAGAAGUUUGCAGUCCGGGAAAGUGCAGGGCCUUGCCGCCGCCGCGUCCUGCUAAGUAGAAACGUCAUUAGUUUAUUCAGCGAUCCGCCCUUAUAAAGGGUUUCCAUUAAGGACUUGAUGAAUUUCUUUUUAAAUGAAACGCAUUUGAGGUAUCUCGAAAAGUUUAUUAUUGGAUUGAAGUAUACUCAACACAUUUAUGUAUGGAAUUCGACCUCGUUCAUAUGUCCACCACGGGCACGUUCUUCAAUAUUGGCUCUCAGCUCCUGUAACGAUGCCGACCAAUGAUUUUAUGAAGCCCCUCAAAAAAGUCUGGAGGUGUUAAAUCACACGAUCGAGGCGGCCAUUCGACGGGACCAUUUCUCGAUAUAACACGUUCACCGAAUUUUGAUUUCAGCGUCGUGUUGAAGCCACGUAUCAUUAAUUCUAGCCCAUCUAAUCGACCUAAAAAAUAACGUCUCUGUAAAAAAACGGCCCUAGUAACACCACCGGGAUGAAAACCACAACAUACAGUUAUUUUUUGUGAAUGAAGCGGUGUUCCAACCCGUUGUCUCAUUUACACGGAAACGUCCAGCUUGUCUUCUGGGACGAGAAUUACGACCAAAAAUUGGCGGUAACGCUCUUAAAGUUGCAGCCACCGACUCGGAAUUUCGGUGGUAAAUUUUAAUUAUUUGCAAGCGUUGUUCGUUCGUGUACUUCACCAUGAUGAAAAUGUCUUCUUUACUGAAUGUUUUAACAUUGACAGUUCGGUAAUUGAUUUAAAGGUGCGUUCACAGUGAAUGUCCAAAGUUGUCGAGUCCCUGUUGGAAAACUCGAUAGUAGGAGAGAAUCGGUGUUGCUCGUGACAGAGAGUUGAGUGCGUAUUGAGCAUUUGCGGGCAUCAAAUAGGAUUCAGUGAUAAAAAAGUCAAUGAGAAGAUACUCUAGAGCAGGGCUGUCCAACUUAAUGUGGCCCAAGGGCCACUUCAAAAAAAAUGCAGUUUGGAGGGCCGCAUUAUAAAAUCUUUCUAUACAACAUUAUUACUGAGUUUUAAUAGGUAUAUACUAUACUAUAUGGUAUACAUAUAUGUAUACAUGACCCGUGAAGCGGGCCGCAAGAAAGGAGUUCGCGGGCCGUAUGUUGGACAGCCCUGCUCUAGAGCACUGGUUGUCAAUCCGUAGAUUGCAAGAUAUAUAAUGAAAAUUCACAAGCCCAAUUUGUUGUUCUUUUAGUGCCCCAUGCUUUGACUGGUUGACUCUUGAAAACUAGAUCUUUAAGUCUAUCAUUUCAGCUUAAUCACAAUUUGCUAAGUGAUCGUGGUUUUCUUGUUCUUUGUGGUCAGGAGUAUAGAUCAUGGAUAUACAGUAAUGUCCGCUUAUAACGAACCUCAAGGGACCGGCGAAACUGGUUUGCUAUAAGCGAAUGUCGUAAUAAACGAUAAAUAAUGAUAAUACCAUAAAAUGUUUUUCAUUAGUUUCUUAUUUAACCAGGGGUAUAUAAAAUGUUUGUAAUAGUAUAUAAUAAUAUCUAACAUUUAUAAAAGAUUUGAAAAUCUUUCUUAAAAAAAAAUAUGAUUCUUUUUAGUUUGGUUUAGUUUUGUGAAAUGAAUAUCAUUAAUAUGUAAUUCCGCUUCAGCUAGUCAAUAUGUCGAAGUGCUUCUGAUAUGGUUGGAAUUGGUAUUAGUUCCAUACCGACAGAUUCUUCAUCUUUAUUUUUGCAUUGCAUCCAAAAUCUACCAUUCUCGAAACAAGGACUUGGCGAUAAUGGUUUUUUAAAGUGUGGAUUACACCCUGAUCCAUAGGCUGUAGUUAAGAACUCGUGUUUGGGGGUAUGAACACUAGGAUAAUACAGUCCAAAUUUUUAACAUCUGGAUGAGCUGGACAAUUGUCCACUAAUAAUAUAAUUUUUCGCGGAGUAAUUCAACAUCUCAAUUACGCAGUUCAGCAUCAAAAAUCUCUGAGGUCAUCCAUGCUCUUUUGUUGGAUUUUUAAUUAACUGGCAACUGUGAAACGUUCUUGAAACAUGAGGGUUUCUCGAUCUUCCAAUUACCAAUAGCUUUCUUUUUUCUGUCCCUGUUAGAUUUGCCACUGCAAGCACAGUGAUUCUUUCUUUAGAUAGCUUCCCACUCUCACACUUCUCGCCUUUGAAUCUUAAGGUUCUGUCAGGUGUAAGCUUAUAGAAUAACCCAGUUUCAUCUGCAUUGAAUAUGUCCUUGUCUUUGAAGUUCCUUUUGAUUGGCCACUUGUUCCGCAACCAGUUAUUCACACAGUCCAUAUCAACUGCAGCAGACUCUCCAACAAUUUUUCCACUGGUAAUGUUAUGUUGUCUUUUGAAUCUUUCGAUCCAGCUUCUACUAAAUUUAGGUUGUUCACUCAUUUUUUUAUAUUUCAAUAACUUCUUCCCAAGGUCUUCAGCCUUCGAUUGCAGUAUAGCACCACUUAUGGUUACUUUUUUAUUUCUCUGUUGAGAAAACCAUUUCAGACGCUGACGAUUGCUCAUACCCCACCACGCGGUCGGAAGAUUCCGAUUACCUGAUUCUGGUAAAAUCCAGUUUCGCGCUCGUGAUAACCAAAAAAUUUUACGAGUAUAUCAAACGUUUAGGUUCGUUUUAUCAGGAGGUUCGUUAUAAACAGGUUCGUUAUAUGAGAGAAAAAUAGCACAUAUUUAAUAUCAUUUCAGACGGUACCGUAUAAAUUAGUUCGUUAUAAACGGAAGUUCGCAAGAAACGGGUUUGUUAUCAGUGGACAUUACUGUAGAUGGAUUGCUAUUUUUGAACAGACCACUUAGAGAAUGUCAACUGCCCAGUAACUAGCAACUCCCUGUGUACUCUUGGAAUUUCUUAGAAUAGAAAGUGAAGUUGUUUUUAGUCGCAAGAUUAUAAAAUAAAUUUUGUAGUAAACAGUAAUUAGCAGCAUUUUGUUUUUGGUAGAAAUUCUGAUUUAAAGUUGAACAGUUUGCAUUAACUUCGUUUUAUUAAAGAACUUAAUUUUCCUAGGGUAGUUGAUACCUCAUUAAUAGAAACAUAUUUUUUUUAUCAGGAUGAUGUUACAAAAAAAUAGAUUGAAAAAGAUUAUACUUGUUUCUUUCCUAUUUGUUGUUUAAGAUGGUGUACUGUUAGUGCAUUUUAGAUAUAUUCUAUAUCGAUUUAUAAUUUGAAUAUCUGUAUCUUUUUAAUAAAUAAGUAUUUAAUGUGUAA